CCUUCCCCUUCCAGGACAGUUCCUAACAUUUUACUUGGCUAUAGAAAGUGGACUGGAGCAAUAGCACAGCGGGGAGGGCAUUUGCCUUGCACGCGGCCGACCCGGGUUCAAUUCCUUCAUCCCUCUCAGAGAGCCUGAUUGUCAGUAUUUAAAGUGGCCACAUCAUGCGUGAGUACAAGCUAGUGGUCCUUGGUUCAGGAGGCGUGGGAAAGUCUGCUCUGACAGUUCAGUUUGUUCAGGGAAUUUUUGUUGAAAAAUAUGAUCCAACGAUAGAAGAUUCCUACAGAAAGCAAGUUGAAGUAGACUGCCAACAGUGUAUGCUGGAAAUCCUGGACACAGCAGGAACUGAGCAGUUUACAGCGAUGCGGGAUUUGUAUAUGAAGAAUGGCCAAGGGUUUGCACUAGUAUAUUCUAUUACAGCUCAGUCCACGUUUAAUGACUUACAGGAUCUGAGGGAACAGAUUUUACGGGUUAAAGACACAGAAGAUGUUCCAAUGAUUUUGGUUGGCAAUAAAUGUGAUCUGGAAGAUGAGCGAGUAGUUGGCAAAGAACAGGGUCAGAAUUUAGCAAGACAGUGGUGUAACUGUGCCUUUUUAGAAUCUUCUGCAAAGUCAAAGAUCAACGUUAAUGAGAUAUUUUAUGACCUGGUCAGACAGAUCAAUAGGAAAACACCAGUGGAAAAGAAGAAGCCCAAAAAGAAAUCAUGUCUACUGCUCUAGACCCGCGGUGAGCAGCAGCUCUGAGCCAGACUAUAGGAAUGAAGAACUGUUGCCUAAUUGGAAAGUUCCAGCAUUCCAGUCUUCAAAAAAUGAAUCUGAAGAGGCUUCUCCUGUUUUAUAUAUUAUGUGAAGAAUUUAGAUCUUAUAUUGGUUUGCACAAGUUCCCUGGAGAAAAAAAAAAAAUUUGCUGUGUGUAUCUCUUGGAAAAAUAAGACAAUAGUAUUUCUCCUUUGCAAUAGCAGCUAUAACAGAUGUGAAAAUAAAUAUACUUGACUCUAAUAUGAUUAUACAAAAAGAGCAUGGAUGCAUUUCAAAUGUUAGGUAUUGCUACUAUAAUCAAAUGAUUUCAUAUUGACCUUUUUAUCAUGAUUCCUCCCUGUCGAGCACUAAAAAGUCAAAACAUUAUACUUUAUAUCUGUAAUGAUAUAAGAAAUUUUCCCCAAACUCAUUGCAGCAGGUAACUUUUUUGAGUCAUUGACUUCAUUUUAUAUUUAAAAAAUUAUGAAAUAUCAUUCUGUCAUUAUAUUCUAAUUAAAAUUGUGCAUAAUGCUUUGGAAAAAAUGGGUCUUUUAUAGGAAAAAACUGGGAUAACUGAUUUCUAUGGCUUUCAAAGCUAAAAUAUAUAAUAUACUAAACCAACUCUAAUAUUGCUUCUUGUGUUUUACUGUCAGAUUAAAUUACAGCUUUUAUGGAUGAUUAAAUUUUAGUACAUUUUCA